AUGGGUGAUGACUUGAUUGAGAGUUACACGGGAUUCCGGACCAUCUCCACAGGAGUCGUCAAUGGAAUCAAAAGGCCUCUUCUGAAUGGGAAAUUCGUUUACCUUUUCGGACCUCUUGAUCAGGGAUAUUGGCCAGAUGGCCUUCAUCUGCCACCGACUCUCGAAGCAAUGGUGUACGAUCUGGAGCUUGUCAAAAGUCUUGGCAUGAACUUGGUUCGCAAACAUAUCAAAAUUGAGCCGGACCUCUUUUACGAGGCAUGUGAUCGGCUCGGUCUGCUGGUCAUGCAAGACAUGCCUUCCAUGAGGGUCCACACCAAUGCUCGGCCAACUGAUGCCGAACAAGCCGAGUUUGAACGUCAGCUCGAAAUCAUGAUCAAGGAACACAGAAAUUACCCAAGCAUUGUCACCUGGGUCAUCUACAACGAAGGCUGGGGCCAAAUUACGGAUCGCUAUCCAGAGUUUCAUAUCACGGACCGCAUUCGACAGCUUGAUCCAACACGGCUGAUUAAUUCCGUAACAGGGUGGCAUGAUCACGGAGCUGGGGAUUAUCAUGAUAAUCAUCAUUAUGCCGAUCCCCAGUGCGGUACACCAUUCUACUCGCUGCCAAACACACCAUAUGACUCCAGCCGGAUUGGAUUCCAAGGAGAGUAUGGAGGACUCGGCCACCGACCGUUGGAUGAACAUCUCUGGCCAGUGCAAGCGGCCGUUAGGACGAUCAAUGAAACGUAUGAGAUGCAUGCCGAUGAGGCAUCUUACAACUACCGUGCACAUGUGUUGUUCGACUUGCUACGACAGCAGGUUGAGCACUUUGCAUGCAGUGGUGCUGUGUACACUCAAACGUCGGACGUGGAAGGGGAGGUCAAUGGGCUUGUGACCUACGACCGUCGCGUGGUGCGUGUGGAUGUAACGCAAUGGAAAGCCGACAUACAGGCGCUGUACGACGCUGCGGCAGCUCGGGCUUGAGGGGGGCAGAGAUUCAUAUUGAUAAUGGUAUUAUUACGCAGCAUAAAGUAAUGUUCAGUGAGUUAUGAGAUAACCAGCUCUACAGGUCUCACGUUUGUGACACCAGCC